GAGCAGACUGCCGAAACGCAGGAGCAGUUAGGGCACAAAACCGGCAACCACGGGAACUUUGCAGAGACGCCAGACGGCCAUAAUGCGGCACCGCCCGCCGACCCCGGAGCUGAUGUGACUGUGCACAACCAGAACCGGGAGGAAGCGGCGGACACCACCACCUCCUCUCUCUCGGUGUGCGCAGCCGGUCGGUUUGUCGGUCUGUCUGUCUGGGGAGGGACAUGUCCUCGCUAAACGUACAGGAGGACCACAAAUGGGUACCGACACACGUUCAGGUGACGGUUCUGAGAGGCAGGGGCUUACGGGGCAAGGGCAAGCACGGAACCAGCGAUGUGUACACCAUCAUCCAGCUCGGGAAAGAGAAAUACUCGACCGGCGUGGCGGAGAAGACCACCGAGCCGGAGUGGAAGGAGGAGUGCUCGUUCGAGCUGCUGCCCGGUGUGCUGGAGAACGGCGGGCAGAGCGGAUACCCGGCUGGAAGCAACGAGCUAAUCCUGACGGUGAUGCACAGGGCGCUCAUUGGGCUGGACGUGUUUCUCGGACAGGCUGUGAUCCCGCUAGAUAAAGUCUUUCUCGAGAGUAGAUACGUGAAAAACGAGUGGUACAGGCUCAACUCUAAGACGGGGAAGAAGGAGAAGGAACGGGGAGACAUUCAAGUCACCAUCCAGUUCACCCGGGACAACCUGACAGCUAGCAUGUACGACCUUGUCAUCAAAGAUAAGGGCGCCUCCACCUUCAGCAAGUUGAAGGAGCGCAUGAAAGGGAAGAGGAGAUCCAGCGACGAGGACUCGUCUUCGGCCGUCCUGCCCAGUGGGUAUGGCUCUUUGUACCGGAUGCGCCAAAGACUGCCUAGUGAUGGAGGUGGAGAGGAGGAUUAUGAGGACGAUGAAGGGGGCGAGGUCCGAAGGAGCAAGAUGAGAACCUUCUUCUUAAGGGGAAAGUUGCGAAAAUCGUCCGACACUCGGUCCAGCACUUCUCUGGGCUCGGAGAGCAGCGAGUCAUCGUCACGGGGUGGGAGCCUCAGUCCCACGGCUGGUAUCAGUGUGGUGGUCUCUGAUCUCUCCAACUCACCCAGUAACAGCAGCAACCUGACAGCAGAUAACAGCCCAGAGCACACAGCAAACACGUCACCCAAGUCUUCGUCUCUCAAAUGUGAGUUUGGCGAUGAGGCCGGUGAGAUCACCAUCGCAGUGCCUCAGCCCACUGUUUGUGUCAACGGAAGCCAUUCUUACAAUGUGCAGCCCCAGGCCCCAGGCUCAGGAAAACCUGCAGGUUCUUUAGGCCUGGGACUGCUGCAGAAGUCUUUGCCUCUCUCCGUGUCUCUACAGAACCUCAGUCAGCAUGCCUCCACAGACCUCCUUAAAGGUGGUGUUGGAGAUGGGCGCCGCUGGUCUUUUGACAAGCCGGACGAAGAGGAAAAAGCCGCCAUAGUGGCGGCUCUGGAGAAAAGUGGCCCAAUGCUGGGCGAAAAAGAGGAACAGUUGGGACAGGCUGCUCUGACAGAAGCUGCGUCGUGGUCCUCUACUUCCACGGUGGAGGGGGAGAUCCAGGGGAAAAAGCAGAGGAGGAACUUUUUCUCUCAUGGGAGGAGUGAUUACAUGGUGAAGGGACAGAGUCAGUCCAAGGAUGAGUGCGAGCGGGCCCCUGCUGCAGCUGACGAGAAGCAAAGGGGAUGGUUUGGAUCAAAGGAUUUGCACAGCAAACCCAGCCUGGUGGUCUCACCUAAAUUAGAGCCCAGCACUGACCCCCACCCACCACCUCUUCCACCUAGUCACCGCCCUUCGGGCCCCCCUGUUGAUCCUACCUCUGUGGUUUCAACACUGCACCAUACUAACCCCUUCAUCCACUCACAGACCUCACCACCUCCUAUAUCCCCCUGCAACCCUUUCUUCUCUCUAAUCCAACGCAAUCCUUUCUAUGAAGACAUGCUAACCACUCAGCAACUUAAACCAUCACUGCCUCCUCUACCCUAUCUUUCCAGUUCCCGGCCCCCUAUAGCUCAGCUCUUUACACAGCCGAGUAACUCUAACUCUGUCUUGACCUACGGCAACUCGGCUGCAGGGGACUCCAUCACUGCUGCUGAUGCAAACACCAAAGAGGUCACCGAAGCUGGGACAAGACCACUUUUUCCAACACCUAUUGAAGGGAAUACGCUAUUACUCAAGAAGUCAUCCAAUCCAUUUAUGUCUGUUAGCAGAGUGGAACCAGAUUCAGAGUGGGACGAAUCCUUUGAAGCGUUUGCAGCUGGCAGGCUGCAGUCUCCUGACGAUCUCACUACAGACUGCAAAACACAGCAAAAGCCACCCAGCGAUCAUCUACUAGAACACUGUAAUAAUAAAGCCAUAAUAGCUGCUGGUCAAAACACAAAUGUGACUGCUGCACUACAUCAUCAACUUGCCAGCCAAGUGAUCAACACUAACACACAUUACCUUAACACUUUUCCACAAUUCCUUGAAACAAUCCCAGAACACAGAAGCUUCGAGCAUGACGAUGUAACUUUAAACAAUUCCACUAACGCUCCAAAACUUGACACUGAAAUGAAUCAAGACACCAGCGCUACCAGUGACUUACCUGACACGAACAUGCAUCGAGCUCCUUGUCAAACCCCAUCUGUACAACUCACCAGCAGUUCUCCAGACCCUAGUUCUUCAGGUCUCGGCAGUUCAGCAGAAGAGGAUUUCCUCUCGUGUGUCUCCUCUUAUUCUGAUAAAUUCUCUGCAUCCUCGUCUGAAGACGCUGAAAGCAACAUCUUUGGCUUUGUAAAAACCUCUGAGUCAGCUGAGGUAAAAAGUAAAAUGCCCUCAGAAUCUGAGGAUGACAUUGCUGACAGGUCAAAUGAUCUAUCUUUAACUGAUGUUCAGCAAACUGUUAUUGAUUAUGGGGAUGGUGAUAGUGAAAAGGUAGAUUUGAGUGCUUCACAGGGGUCUUUGGCGCAGCAGUCCACAGUAUUUGCUCAACCGCUUCCAUCGAUCACAAAGGAGACGGGAGCUGAUGGCACAGACGCUCAAACGCUUAACAUUUCUAAUAUUGUGUACCCUGAUCUGUUGCCGAAACUCUCUGAACCACAACCAAAGUCUGUCAUCUUUUCACAGUCUGACAAUGAAGAGGAAGAAAAAAGUGUAGCUGGAUUAAAGGUCUCUAUAAGGGAUUUUUCUAAAGAUUUAAAUGAUGGCUUUGAAGAUGAUCGUACAGAUGUGAGAAAUCCUGCCACUCCAGAUAAAGAAGAAACCUUCACACUACCAUCAUUACACAUCAUAAGCUCUUCCCCUGAUGUCAAGCAGGCUACACUGGAUGAACCCUUUGGGAGUGAAAAUUUAGGAGGGCAGGAUGCUAGCCUCCAUUCUCAUGUGCCAUUUAGCAGUUUUGGGGAUUUACUCAACAUCAGUCACGUCACGAACAGUCCUAGCCAAGACUUUGAUGAGGCUCAGUUGCACAGGCAGAUAUCGGAUCACAGCUCCAGCAGCUUUUUCCAAAGUCUCAAUGUCAGUACCGACUCACAGGCUUACCAAACCUGUGCAUCUCACUCUUCCUCCAAAUGUUCCAGCAUCUCUGAGCCAAAUGAGACGAUGCAGGAUAUUAAAACAACUCCUGAUGCUGCUUUGGGCUUAGAUUCCACAAAUGCAUCCAAGUCAUCUAAUGGAGACAUCAGCCAAACUGACAAAUCUGAAGAAUCCCUCCAUGGGGCUCAGGACAAGAAGACAACUCUUGAGCCAAGCUUCACAAUGGGAGAUGACUUACAAGCAUUUCCUGCAGCACAGACAGACUUUUUCAUGAGCUGCAAUCUGAAGAGGGCUGCUGAGGUCUUAGGCGACGCGUCCUCAACAUGCUCUGCUGCACAGACUGCUACACUACACCGCUCUCAGUCUGAGGGCACACUGGCACCUGCCUUCGAUGAACUCCUCCUACCCUCUUUUGGUAGUGAUCCUGGUGCGAUACAGGGCUCCACCUCGUCUCAGCCAGGCCCUGACCUUCCCUCUCUGAUUUCUUUUGCUCCUUCUCUUGCUCCUGAAAAUAGUUGCUCCCCUAUAGCGCUUUCUACCUUCCCUCCCUUUGCCAAUGCUUCAGCAAGGGUGACACCCAGUGCAGCGCAAGUCACCGUGCCAAAGCCAGUGCCAAUGCCAGUGCAGCAGGAGCCAGAGCAGCAGCAGCAGGCAGCCAAUCAGCAGAACAGCCCCCAUCCAGUGAAACCCCUGCCCACUGCCAUGCCGACUGAGGAGAAGCGGUCAGUGCUGGCCACAGGCCUGGAGAAGCUUAAGUCCACCAUCCAACAUGGAAGGAGCAGCCAGCUCGCAGAGCAGGAGACAGAAAGGAAGAAGUCACUGACAGAAGGAGCGGGGUCAUACUACCAUCUGACCCACAGUGAACUGGUCAACCUGCUGGUGCAACGUGAGGCACAGCUGGAGAGGCAGAAGGCGGAGUUUGAGCGUCAGAAACUUUUGCUGGCCAAGCGGGAGAUGGAGCUGAAGAAACUGAAGCCGCAGGUCAGAGAUUUGGAGGACUACAUUGACACACUGCUGGUGCGCAUCAUGGAGCAGAAGCCCACCCUCCUGCAAGUGCGCUCCAAGUUCAAGUGAUGAAGUCUGCGGUUCACGUCGCAUCUGUUCACUCUAACCUCCACAACAGCUCUUUAGUCUUUUCACUGCUAUGCUGUCCUUUUUGAUACAAAUAUUUAGGCACUGAGAGAUGUCGAGGCGACAUUUUCCAGCCGGCAUGCUUUACUGUAUGGAAACAUGUCCUUGGUGAAAGGUUUAGUCUGAGUGGUUUUAUGAAUGUAGUGCGCGUCCUCAGGUUGUUUUCAGGUUAACAAAGCCAGUUGGUGGGUUAAAAACCCAGAUGCUUCCAUUUUGGGAUCCUGAUUGUAGAAACAAUGAAUUUUCCUUCUCACCUCACCUAUCACUUCUAUCACCUUAUCACAAAAGAGAGAAAAUUGUAGGAUUUUAAUCCAUAAUGAUGUUUAUCCAACUAAAUCCUCACUCAAGAUGAAACAACACCAACACUUCUCCAUAAGUGUUGCAGCUUUGUAGCUAGAGCAGAGCAGGCAACCUGAAGAGCCAUAUUGGUGGUUUUGCGUGAUUUAGUCCAUUAGUUGUAAUUGGUUUUUUUUAGCUUCAGUUAAUUUUUGGUGUUGCAUGAAAAUCAAAGUGAUGUGAAGCUUCUCCAGACGGGAUCGAUCAGGGUGAGCAUUUUGUUGUCUUGGCACAUCUCAGCAACAUAGACAAUAGCAGCUGAUUAACAGAAAAUCUCACCAGUUUAUGAAGUGAAAUGAGAUGUUUUCAAAUCCCUUAUUGUUUUCAGUUGCUAGUUCAAAAGCCAAAUUAUAUUCCAUUUAAUGUAAAUGACCUAAAGAGAUUACAAAUCCUGACAUUUGAGGGAGGUGUCUGUGAGGACAGAAAUGUAGCAUCCUUGCCUAAACUAAACAGAGUGUUUCCUGUAGUGUGAACGCAUUUCCUGUUGUGUAUGAAAAAGUGCGACAUCGGACAAUCCCCUAAACUAAGUUCUCAGACUUUGUCUGGAGUUCAUGUGUAAAAAUUGCGACGGUUUAUGUUGGAUUUGGCUUUUUGAGCACCGCGUACAGACUCCAAAUGAAGCCCCGCCAACCCCUGCUGCAGCACACAAUGGCAACACAUCACUAACAAAUAACAAAGGCAACAAAACAUUUCCUCCAAUAGAGGUAAAGUUUCAAGUCUCUACAAGUUGAGCCUUGACUGAAGUGAUCUCAGAACUUUGGCUAUCUGAAAGGAAGGAAGAAAUCUUUCAAUAUGCUUUGGAAAAAUGUUAGAAAUCAUGCAAAGUGAGCUGAAGUCUAGUUCAUGAUUAAAAUGUGCAAAACCACUGAUAUGUUUCUUUUGGUAUGGCUCUCUGCGACGUUUGAUUAGUGCCACUUUUUCCAGAUGGUUUGUUUGUGUGUGUGUGUGUGUGUGUGUGUGUGUGUGUGUGGUUUUGGAUUAAGACUCUACAAAUGUUCCUGAUAAGUACUGAGUGCUCUGACUUGUUUUUGAAACUACAAACCAAAUGAGCAGAUUUCAGCCUUUGUCACGUGCACAUUACUGGGAACUGAUUGUAGCCUCUGAAUGUUCAAAAGUGUUCUUAGCCAGCAAGUGAAUGGUUUGUUUUUAUUUGUUUAUUUGCUUGUUGCCUCCUCUUCUUUCUUUUUUUUUUUUUUUCUUCUUUUUGUUCUUUGGGCAUGUCUUGAAAUUACCCAAAAUGCUCAGCCACAUAAGCUAAAAGUUUUUCCUUUUUUUUUUUUUUGUAUGGGUCAUGGUGUUAUCAGGUGAAGACAGUAUCACUCAGUAUCCAGUCAGUAUCAGGAUCAGCCAUCCCAGCUAUUUGAUCUCAUGCUUCUGCCUUCCCACAUGUGCGUUCUCGACACCACGUUAAGAAGAUGCCUGCGACAUGCUGGUACUUGACUUCCCUCCCUCAGUGUCUGGGUGUCACAUCUGCUUCUGCUCAAGCACGCAUAUCGCUACAGCUUUCAGGUGUUACAAAGGGAUAUAUACCGCGUUCUACAGCAUAUAUGCCGUAUUGAAAUGCCAAAUGCUGCCUUAUUUUUGUUUUUGUUUUGAUGUUCAUUACGAAUCUAGAACUUGGUUUUAACUUGUCGGGGCUCGAGGCGGGUUUUGAUAGAAAAGCCAUCUGUUCACUGAUAGUUUUUUUUUUUUUUUUUUUUUUUUACUCUUCUAAUGCUUUGUUAUGAUAUUGUUUAGGUCACUGCACAAAAAAUAUACUGUAUGCAUAACAAUAGAAACAGUGAGUAGAAACAGUAAUUUUCCUGUGAAAUGCCAAAAAAUAUAAUGUAUAGAAAAAAAAAAAAAAAAAA